AUGGAGACUCCACCCAGAGAUGGUGGAGCUCCUAUGGAGGGAGUUCGGCCUGGCGGAAGUGGAUCUAUUUGCGUCGCAGGAAACGACACAUUGUCCACUCUGGUUCUCCCUCACACAUCCAGCUCCACUUGGGCUGGACGCCAUGGUGCAGACGUGGCCGAGGCAUCUGCUGCAAGCAUUUUGGCUGCUUUGUCCAGUGCGGGACUUUGUCCAGUCCCUAAGACAUUACUGAUGAAAAAAAAGAUGAUUCAAGAGGUCACUGGAAGCAGGAAUAUUUCCUUCCUGUCUGCUGGAUUCUCUGUUAUGCCUCACAUGAGAUACUAUUAUAUAUUCCUCUUUAUUGCCUACUUUAUUUCUUUUUUAGGAAACUCCUGCCUCACGUUUGUUAUCAUUACGGACCGAAAUCUUCACACUCCUAAAUAUAUCCCUGUCUUUAAUUUAUCACUGACAGACAUUUGUGAGAGUAUUACUAAAAUCCCUCAGCAACUGGAUGCAUUUUUGUUUGGGAGUCAGUUGAUCCCGUAUGGAUUGUGCUUGUGUAAUAUACUCUCCGAUAUGUUAUUUGUUUCAGUGCAUUCACUAACUCUCACUGUUCUGUCUUUUGACAGAUUAGUAGCUAUUUGUUUACCACUGAGGUAUCAUAUGAUUGUGACCAACACAUCAAUGCUUGUUAUAAUUGUUGCUUCAUGGAUGCUAGCACUAAUGCACACAAUCAUGAGCAGACAUUCUUUUUGUAGAACUAGUGUCAUAAUCAUUCAUUUCUGUGAUUGCGGGUCAAAUUUCCCAAGCUGUGUUAGCAUGCAUGUUCUGUUUCAGGUGAUCAUUAUGUUUCCAGUUUUUUGUACUAUAGCUGUAACAUUGUUUAGAAUCACAACCCCACAUGACCGUCAAAGAGCCACAAAGACAUGUACUGCUCAUUUAAUAGUAGUGGCUGUAUUUUAUGUGCCCAUCUGCUUAACGUAUGUUUUUCGGGUCCUUUUAAGCACCAACACUACAAUAAUUAUUCUUUCUCUGACAUCUGUGCUUGCUUCAGUGCUUAACCUUAUAAUCUACACUUUCAUGACAAAGGACUUCAUGACGUCUGUGAAAAGGCUUAUCAAAAAAUAA